GAAUAUCCAGCCCCUAUUCUGCCCUCUCUAUCUCCUAGUAGUGUUUUUUCUUCUUUGCUUUGAUCUGCUGGAGAGUACGCGGCUGAGGCGACGCGGCUAAGGAUCGAUCAGGGCUUCGGCGUUCCAAAGCUCCGGAGAUGGGGAAGCGCGGAGCGGCGGCAGCUACGAAUAAACAAAAUGGGAAGAAGAAGGCCCUCUCCGUGAAGGAGACCAAACCGAAGGCAGCCAAAGCGAAGAAGCCCGUGAAAGCAAAGGGGAAAAAGGAUCCCAAUCAACCCAAGAAGCCAGCCACCGCAUUUUUCAUCUUCCUGGAAGAGUUUAGGCAGACGUACAAGAAGGAUCAUCCCGACGUCAAGGGAGUUGCCGCUAUAGGAAAAGCGGGAGGAGACAUGUGGAAAUCUUUGUCUGACAAGGAGAAGGAGCCUUACCACGCCAAAGCUGCCAAGAGGAAAGCCGACUACGACAAGGAUCUGGAAGCAUACAACAAAAAGAAGGACAACGAGGAGGAGGAAGAGGAGGAGGAGGAGGAUGGAUCCGCCGGAGAAUCAGAGGUAAAAUCCAAGUCUGCUGGCAAUGACGACGACGAAGAAGAGGACGCGGACGAUGACGAUGAUUAGAUGUCGAGAAAGCCAUCGAUCACAACCAGAUUCAAACAAUGUGAUCUCCAAAGCUUUCCUUCUUUUAUAUGCUGCUUUACACCGACGAGUUUUUCAAACACACACACACGCACGCACACUCACAAAGUUCUCGAAAGUCUGGCAGUGUUUUACUUCUACUGUGUGCGAGAUGAACGAAUAAAGAAAGAUAGACCAAUUCAAUCCAUUUA